UUAUAAUCUUAAAUAGUGGCCCAGCACAGGUUUACGUUGUGGGUAGUUUAGAUGUGUAGUGCAUCCAAAGAAAGAACAAUAGUUGUCACCUGCAAUACAAGUUAUUUAGCUGAAAUAAUGUAAAUCUCCGUUCGGUACAGUGAUCAGACCUUGCUAGGUUUAGCAAAAACUUGUUCGAGUGAUUCUUAUCUUUUGGUAUUUAAUUCUAACAAGCGUUUGUGUUAUUACAGUUAGCUAUUUGAAUAUUACUGUAUUAAUAAUAGUCCAAAUGAGCAACACGGAGUAUUAUUUGUCGCCCACCCAACUUAUGUUGAAUAGCACAACAUUUUCUUACAAUGAAACAUGCGUCAGCAGAAAGACAACAUCGUUUCUUGUUUUUACAAUCAUACCAACAGUCCCCCUUUUUGUUAACGUAGUCCUCCUCGUAUCCGUUGCUCUUGACAGCGGCCGUCUCUUACGUCAAAGUCGAGUUUACGCUCAUGUUAGUUCAACAUUGCUUGCUAACGUCAUCUUCUCUGCUCUCGGACUUGUUCAGAUCUUGAGCCUUUAUUUCAAUUUUGAGGGAUAUUAUGACAGUCCAAUACCCGGAUAUCAAGCCGCUGUGAAAGAAGAGCUCGCAACAUGGUGGGCUUUCAGGAAAGCAUUUUUAUACGGUCUGUACAUCGUCAUGUGUGGAAAUAUAGGUCUUUUAAUUGAAGCAAUUCGGUCAAGUACAUGCACAGCACUUCGAAAUGCUGCUGGAGCGAUCCGAUUUCGAUCACCGAACACCGGGAAAAGAUGGCAAAAUAUGUCCUUCGUGAGUUCCCGACAAUGGAGUGGCAGGACUCACGAUACGGCGGUACCUAGCAGUCGAGUGGCUAAACGACGUCGUUCGUAUAUAUCAAUAUCCUUGUUGUGGAUUUUAUCUUUUGGCUACGUUCUGGCUACAGCCGUAGGUUGGAGCUGUGUUGGCCACUGCACUUGUCUCAGUUCAUGUUUUCCUGAAGGUCAAAUUCAGGAUCCGCCCGUUAGAGGAUGCUCGAGAGCAUUCCCACCAAUGGCGAACUCGUGGCUUGCAGUUACAAUUGGAAUUUGGGCAUUUUGUUUGAUGGGAGUGUUUAUUUUAAUCAGAAGGUCAAUCCUGUUAUUGAACAAAGCGAUUCGCAAGCAUCAUCCAGAAGAAUCGGAUGAUGUAUUUUUAGAGAACGAACCCGCGGAAUCUGAGAACAAAAUCACUAAAAGUCCUCAUUCCGUAGACCAAGAGUUGUCUGAGAUCAAGAGUGAAAGAAAAGAAAAAGUUGAUUCAAACGAUAAAAAUAGAACAAAAAUAUAUUACGCCAGGAAGAUUUCAGGAAAUGAAGUUGAUAAAAGCGGCAAAAAAACGAGAGUAAGCACGACAUCGUUUUUUGGAAGCAUUUCGGAUCACAGGUCUUUGCUAUCUCGAAGAAAGCCUUUUCGAUCCAAUCAUAUAAGCAACGCUCUUAAUAAACAGUCAAGCUUAAAGUAUGUUAUAUGGCUGACCGCAUUAUAUGCUUUUUGCACCACGCCUCCCAUGGCCUAUUUGGCAGCAGAUAUGUCGUUUCCGCAUAUGACGAUGAACAUGGUCGUAAUGAACGUGUGUCUCGUAUUUCCCUACAUAUAUUGUUUCAUAUGCCCGAUUGUAUUAGGCAAAUGUCUUCCGGGAGUGAAAGCAUCACUUGUACGAUUGGUAUUCAAAUUAUGCUCUUAUUCAAAAACUGAUAGAACAUCUAUUAGUUCCAUCGGCUAAACGAUCUCAAUCACCACCAAUGUUAUAAAAGCAUGAAACAAACAUGGAAACGACCCUUUGAGGUCAUAUUUAAACAAAUAGAAAACACAUCAACUGACGCAAGAAGUACGCUAUAUGCUAAGACAGAUUUUUCAUGAAAACUUUAUAGUCAAUGUGAAUACAAUAUUUUGAAGAUCCGUAUCUAUGUUUUCAUUUGGGUGUAAAUUUGCCGCGCAGCACAAUUCGGAAGCUGGCAAAGGAACGAAGCAAGAGGAGAAAGUUUUCACAAAAUUAUAAAGUUUUUGGCUACACCCCUAACGUUAGGGAUACAAAUAAAAUUAAUGGGGGUAUUGAUUGUUUGAUUCUUAUAUCACUUAUGUAUAGAAGCGAAGAGAGGACGUGAUCGAGAACCAUAAGAUUUUUUAUGUGAAUAAAUUGCUAGAAAUCGGGAACCCCAUCCAUAACAUACGGUGAACAGACAAGACAUUAUCACAUAUUAUACUACAUAAUAAUUGUAUGUAUAUUUUUAUGCCAAGAACAUUCUAUAUAUAUUUAAAUAUGUUGUAUAGCGCAUUC